AUGGAGGGGCAGGACCAGGACAACAAUCACGAUGCGGCCAGUGCUGCGACAGUCGAGCGCGAUGGUCUGAAGCAGGCGGUCAGCAAUACAGCGGUCAACUCGAGCCCCCCGCCGCACCAUCUCGACAGCUCGUCGACUUCCCUGCCGCCCGCGAAGACCGACACGGACGACAGCACCCUGGCUCCCGUCGCCGAGAGCAGCCUGCUGCCGUCUAGUGAGGCGGGCGACGCGUACCGCCAUAACAACCAGACCCUCUUGGACGAGAAGGAGAUGCGGAGGAAGCUGAUGGACAUGGAAUCGAGCUUUCUGCCAGAGCCUUCUACGAUCGGCAUAGCUCCGGGCGAUCCCAAUGCAGGCGCCGACGAUACGUACCUCGUCGGAGUGUCUGACUCUGAGCACAAAGGCGAGGACUCGAUAAAUGCCGACGGCACUGAGCUGGAUGUCAGAGGGGCCGCCGCAAAUACACCGGAGAUUACGAUUGAGGGGGAGCACGGGAAAGAGACGAUACACGACCCGGAAGCGACGCCAGCUGCUCACCACGAUCAAGAUGAAGGUGAUACCUCCGCCCUGGAAACGCUGGCUUCAUCGCCAACUGCCGCUGCUGCCGCGAGGACAGUGUCCAGAGUUCUGUCGACCGCAUCAAAUGGUACCACUGACUCGCAACAUGGAGAACACCUCGCCGAACCUUCUCAGCCGGGAACAGAUGAUGACGCUGAACAGACGCCCAAGAAAAGCAGACGGAAUUUGUCUCCUGCCUCUGCCUUGUCGGGUUCUAGACGGUCUCGGGAUGACAACGGAGACGAUGGUUCAAGUACCCCCUCUGAGCGAAAGCGGACACGACCAAAGUAUUUGACGAGUCGUCAAUCGUCCCAUCGCUUCUCCACAUCUUCGGUCACCAGUAACAAUACCGACACAACGAACAGCGAUGCCACUCUCGGUGCCGACUAUGCUCUCCAAUCCGGAGGCGCCAUGCCUGGCAACCCCAGUGCCGGGAGAAACGACCUGGCGCGGUCCGUUAGCUUGGGAAGUAUGGCGUCUGGGGUCUCCUCCUACAGCGACGAAAAUGUCCUUGACAAACGAACAUUCAGUGGUGCAACCGAUGGCGGCUUGCAAACCCUGGACGAGGAGGAAUCUCCGUCCCCGAGCAAAGAACCUGAAGACAACGCGCCUGUUACUCCAAAAGCCCCAUCGCGAGAUCUCCCUACUGACACGGCGAUAGCGGAGCGUGUCCAGGAUAUACAAGUUCCGGGAACUUUUGCACGCCAGUUUCGUGAGAAAUAUGCUCGCGGCCUCUCCCCCGACAAGCGGCCAGGAGCACCGACACCUGGGUUUGGAAGGAGUGGCAGAAGCAUGACGCUGAAGGAGCAGAGCAGUACCAUCGAUCGUCUUUCGAAAGAGAACUUUGACUUGAAGAUGAGGAUUCAUUUUCUCAAUGAGGCCUUAAAUAAACGCUCCGAGGAAGGAAUCAAAGAAAUGAUUUCCGAGAACGUGGAGCUCAAGUCGGACAAGUUGAAGCUCCAGAAAGAGAACCAGAAUCUGAAAAGGCAGAUUCGUGAUUUGGAGAAACAGCUCAAGGAUCAGCAAUCGGACAAGGAGUCGAUGGUCAAUCAUGAAUCGGGACCCUCCGAUGACGAGGAGCGCAACGCAGUCGCUGAGGCCGAAGAAGAGAUCCUCUUUUUAAAGGAGAGGAUCGAGACCUACGAGAUGGAGAUCGAGAGGCUGCGAUCGGAGAGCCUGGUGAGGGAGAGUGAAAAACGGAGACUGGCUGAAAUGGUCAAAUCCCUGGGAGAAGGCCGACCAGCUGGCUCUGAUGUCGGGGCGAGAGAAGAAAGAGAUAUGUGGAAAGACAUGCUCGAUGCUGAGACGGCUGCUCGGGAGCAGGCCGAAGAGGAAAACAGAAAGCUUCGUGACGAGAUACUGCGCUUAAAAGUUGACCUCGCCACUGCUACCGAAGGGGCAGGAAGGGCUGGACGAGGUGGCCGGAAAUCUUCCAUGGUCUCACAUUCGACGAGCUCGGAGCUUGAACGCAGACUGGGUGUUCCUAGUUCCGCCAGCAGUACUCUUGUGGAGCUGGAGCUGCUGAAGCAAGAGAAUGCGGAGCUACGAAGAGAAGUUAGUGCGCAGACUUCGAUGCUGACGUCCCGAAAUCGAGAGAAGGAACGGCUGUACCAGGAAAUCGAAGAUCUCAAACUUCAACGCCGUGGUGAAGGUAGCCGAUCGGCUGCGGGUGAUAGUAUCUUCGAACGUUCGGCUUCUCGAGCCCAUGCCAGGUCCUCCUCCCGGGCUAGCAAUGGCACGCGAAGCGAUACAGAGCGUGAGAAUCUAGAGAUCCGGAAUGGCGAGCUACGUGACCAAGUCUCCGCCCUCAAACUGGAGAAUCAAGGCCUCCGAAGCCAGCUAGACGAAUGCAUGGCCGAACUGGAGGCGCUUGACAAGGCGUACCAGGCCGAUGUCGACCAGGCGGAAGAAGAGAUCCAGACCCUGCAGCAAGAGCGAGACCAGGCGCUGCAAGUGGCAGAGGAACGCGAAUUGGCACUGCAGGAUCUGAAAAACGAGGCCCAGGAAGAAAUCGAUGCCCUCGGCGACGAACUGGAUCAGAAGAUCGAGGAAUGCCAGCGACUCGAGGCGGAUCUCAGGAAUCAAGAGGAGAAUCUCAAGGCCCUGCAGGCGGAAAUGCGCUCAGCCAGUGAAGGCAUUAUCCGACUCGAAGAAGAUGCGCAAAGCAACUUGCGCAAGUACAAGGCUGUACAGCAAGAGCUGGAUGACGCCAACAAGGAAAUCGAGUCCCUCGAGAAGAACCUGUUUGAGGCCAACAACAAGGUCCAGAGACUGACUGUCCAGCUGGAGUCGAGCCAGAAUGAGAUUUCCUUCCUCCGCGAAGAGCAAGAUGGUGAUAAGAUUAAGAUCAGCGAUCUCGAAUCGGAGCUGAAGACAUGCCAGAUGAAUCUUCAGAGCGAGAAGGACAAGGCCAAGGAGCUGGAAACUCGUCUGGCCGAAGAACGGCACCAACGAGAGGUGAUCGAAAGCAAAGAGAAGGCGGAAGUUCAGCGGAUCAUGAACGAACUGAAUAGGGAGGCGUCUGCUGCUAAGGAUGAAGUGCGAAAAUUGAAGAAGACCCUCUCUGCCCGAGAGAUCGAGGCGUCGACUUGGAAGGAGCGGCUCAUGGAGCUCGAGAAUGGUCUCCGUGAAGCUCUGGGCGAUUUGAACGGGACUCGAUCGAGUCUGCUCAAUUCCAUCGUCAAGCUACAGAAGGAGCUUGAGUCGACCUCCCUCGAGCUGGAGAGCACGCGGGCGAAGCUCGACGAGAAAGAAGCGCUGUUGCAGAACCGCGACGCUCUGUUGGAAAGCCAUGGGCUUGAAUCCCGCAAGCUUGCUGAUCUGCUGGAGCGGGAGAGGCAGGCUCGACGUGCUGACAAGCACUCGUUCGAACAGGCGUUGAAGUCCCAGCAACAGGCUUCCCGGACGAUCACUCAAACCAACUCGCGGAUUUCCGACCUUGAGAACGCGAGAAACCAGGAUCGCAAGCGGUUCGCAUCCAUCGAGCAGCAACUCAAGGAGCAGCUGAACGAGCGGAAUACGUUAUUCCUGACGCUUUGGAAGCGGCUCUCUGCAAUGUGCGGGCCUGACUGGGCACACUCCAACAGUCUGAUCAAUGGCAACUUGCCCAGUGUGGAAGUCAUCGGCAAUAUUCUUUUCUGGCCGGGCUUCAGUCGGAAUCUAAUGUUGGCCGUCAAGACGGUGGAGGGCAUGCUUGCUGGGUUCAAGAAUCGUAUCAAGGCCGUCGAGCGCGACUUGACCAAGGAGUACCAGGCGUUGGAGCAUAAUCUCUCAGUGAAAAUCAAGAAGCUCGACCGCUUGGAAGAGGCUGUCAGGAACAUACGAAUCCAGCAGCGAGCUGCCAACGCGUCUGGUGAAAUUUCGAAGCUGCGGCACGAGAACCGGCUCCUGAAGGCAGAAUUGAACCUCAUUCACUCGCAUUCGAGGGGUCGCCAUGGUGGUUCGGGCUCGAACCAUGCCGCCGCUGCUGCUGCUUCUACCAAUGUUGCUGGGGCCGACCAGGAGCCCGAACCCUCGGGACCGACUUCGCCUAGCAAUCUGGCGUCCUCCCUUGCCCGGCAUCAAUCUAAUCUGGAGAACAGCAAGAGCAUGAUCCCUCGAGCCUCGUCGGGGAUUCCUCAGCCGACGCAGAGCGCGGGGGCUGUGGCGCAUUCGUCUCAACGCGGAUAUGAGAGCAGCGAUCCGAAUCGAGACCGGAAAUGGAUCGAGCGUCUCCGCGAGCUGGAGCGCAGAUUGAAGGCGGAGCGAGAAGCACGGCUCCUGGAUCGCAGUGGCGCUCGCAAACGGCUGGAAGAACGAGAUGCGGAGAACGAAGAGCUCCGCGCCCAGCUGGAGCGGGAACGGAUGCGAAGUCGCGCACGACAGUUGGAGAGCGGUUCGGUCAGUCGAUCGAACAGUCAGAGGAAGGGACACGACAGUUCCCAGGGAUCGGAAGAUGAAGAGAAACACGCGUCUGGCAGUGAUCCGGACGAGAAUGACGACACGGGGACACACAGUUCUUCUUACGAAGAGGGCAUCACCGUGGACAUUGAAGUGUGA